AUGUCGAGACCUUCGUGGGCUUUGACGAAACGCCAAAAUGAAGCCAGCCUUAUGCUGCCGCCGCCUCCUCCCAAACGUAUCAAACGACCUUCUUCGGUUUUGGAUGAAGAUGUUUACACCGAAGCUCUAUCCAACAUCAUUGCGAGAGAUUACUUUCCUGGAUUGGUAGAGGCGCGAGUGAAGCAGGAGUACUUAGAGGCUCUAGAUUCAAAGGAUACAGAAUGGAUCGCAACUUCGAAGAAGAAACUCACCGACCUAGUGAUGACACGAGCUCGUGGUCACCCUUGCUCACCUUCGGCCACUGCGACUCCCCGGCCAGUCAACAUCGCACGCCCGGGGGAUACUCCAAUAGCUUGGGGUGGGGACACCCCCAUGUCGAUGAUGUCCACGGCUUCGUCGAAGGCUAUUCAGGCCCCACCCUCCAACGAGAGCUCCCCCGAUAUAUCCAACGUCGGCCUUUUGGACUUCCAAGCAAAAUUUACUAGCGAAGAUAACGAGUCAUUCAAUAAACUACUGGACAAACAGAAUGCCAAGCGUCGAGAAAAGUAUGCUUGGAUCUGGAGCGGCAAUAAGAUCCCCACUGCCCGACAGAUUGCGCAUCGUCGGCGCGAAGAUAAACGGAUUGAGGGUCAGGGAGGCAACCCUGACAAGAAUAAACAGAUCGUCAUCAAAACAAACUUGGAUGCUCGACCGGCGAAACCUGACUCGUGGAGGGUCCGGCCGGAAAAUUCCCUCAUGUUCAUGCCUUCAUCUGUUGAAGACUCAUACGAGAGCAUCCAACAAAAGGCCGACGCAGCUUCUCGGGCCGGAGCUAAGCAGGUAGCUUUUCAUAAUACGCGAUUGCCCGAUGAGAGCCUUCAUGCGUCUACAUCCGAAGGAGCCGCUCCUCCACCUUCGCCAUCCAUGUCGGCCAUUAAGGAUGCUAUUGCAGGACGCCCUCGUGCUACGGAAUCGGAGGUGGGUUAUGAGGGAGGCGAAACGCCUCGAGUGAAUGGAUACGCGUUUGUUGAUGAGGAUGAGCCGGGGCCUGAACAGCCUAUCGCGUCAACAGGGGAAGGCGAUCAAGACGUUUCAUGUGAUGGCCUCCGCUUGCUGGGAAGUGGCGAUGCAACUCCCAAUCCUUUUCAAAUCCGAGAGAACCGGAAACGAGAAGAUCUCCAUCAUCGAAUGGUAGAUCGUGUGGCGCGAACCAAACGAUCAGAAAAGGCUGCACGGGAGACGAGAACACCGAUUGCCACAACACCACGGUCCGCGAGCAUUCCCCGACUAGACUUUAGAUUACGCUCGCCGCACAUGGCUUCCGGGUCAGGAAAGAUGCUCACGCCUGCGGCUCAGAAAUUGCUACACCAAAUGGGCAGUACUCCUCGACCGACGGGAUCAGCGUCCUCAAGUUUACGGAACAUGUGGACACCAACACCGAAGAAACCCAAGUGA